AAAAAUUGGGAAGAGCAAUGGCACAAGUUGAAGAGUUUCAGUUUCAGGCAGAGAUUUCUCAGUUAAUGAGCUUGAUCAUUAACACAGUAUAUUCGAACAAAGAAAUCUUUUUGCGUGAACUCAUCUCCAAUGCAUCGGAUGCGUUAGAUAAGAUUAGAUAUCAAUCUCUUUCAAAUCCAUCUGUACUUGAUUCUGAAAAGGAUCUUUUCAUUCGCUUAAUUCCAAAUAAAGAUACUAAGGUCCUAUGUAUUCGCGAUUCAGGCAUUGGUAUGACGAAGGCGGAUCUUGUUAAUAAUCUUGGGACUAUUGCUAAGUCUGGAACAAAGGCAUUUAUGGAAGCUGCUAUGAGUGGUGUUGAUAUUUCUAUGAUUGGUCAAUUUGGCGUUGGGUUUUAUUCUGCAUACCUUGUUGCCGAUAAGGUUCAGGUUAUUUCGAAGCAUAAUGAUGAUGAGCAGUAUAUUUGGGAGUCUUCUGCUGGUGGAAGUUUUACAAUAAGAUGUGAUACCGAAAAUCCACCCCUUGGCCGUGGAACAGAGAUUCGCCUUUUCAUGAAAGAGGAUCAAGUGGAAUAUCUUGAGGAAAGAAGAAUUAAGGAUAUUGUCAAAAAGCAUUCUGAAUUUAUCAGUCAUCCUAUUGGUCUUGUUCUUACAAAAGAGGUUGAAAAGGAAGUUUCUGAUGAUGAUGUUGAUGAUAUUGAUGUUGAUGCUGAUGGCGAUAAGACUACUAAAAUUGAGGAAGUAGAUGAUGAGUCUGAAAAGAAGGAGAAAAAGGUUAAGAAGAUCAAGGAAUCAAAGCAGGAUCUCGAGGAACUCAAUAAGACUAAGCCUUUAUGGACACGUAACCCUUCUGAUAUUAGUACAGAGGAAUAUGCAGCUUUUUAUAAGGCAUUAUCAAACGAUUGGGAAGAUCAUCUUGCUGUUAAGCAUUUUUCGGUUGAAGGCCAGCUUGAAUUCCGUGCUAUUCUUUUUGUUCCCAGGAGGGCACCAUUUGAUCUUUUCGAGUCUAAGAAAAAGAAGAAUAAUAUCAAGUUAUAUGUUCGACGUGUCUUUAUUACUGAUGAUUGUGAGGAGCUAAUUCCGGAAUGGCUUUCUUUUAUUAAGGGUAUAGUCGAUUCCGAAGAUCUUCCUCUUAAUUUAUCUCGUGAAAUGCUUCAACAGAAUAAGAUUCUUAAGGUUAUUCGCAAAAAUCUUGUUAGGCGUGUUUUGGAUCUUAUAGGUGAAAUCUCUGAAGAUAAAGAGAAUUUUGCCAAGUUUUACGAAGCAUUUGCGAAAAAUCUUAAAUUGGGUAUUCAUGAAGAUUCUCAAAAUCGUGCAAGACUUGCCACUUUUCUUAGGUUCCCUUCUACCAAGUCUGGUGAUGAGCCAACGUCAUUGAAUGAUUAUAUUACAAGAAUGCCCGAAGUUCAAAAGAACAUUUAUUUUAUUACUGGCGAGUCUUUAACUUCUGUGUCAUCUUCUCCAUUUUUGGAGAUUUUUAAGCAAAAAUCUUUUGAGGUUUUGUUCAUGGUGGAUCCUAUCGAUGAAUAUGCAGUUACUCAAUUGAAAGAAUAUGAAGGGAAAAAGCUUGCUAAUAUUACUAAAGAAGGGUUGGAGAUUGAGGAAACGGAGGAGGAGAAGAAGGCACGUGAAGAAGAAACCAAGCAAUAUAAUGAGUUAUUGACACACGUUAAAGAUAUUUUGGGCGAUAAAGUCGAAAAAGUUGUUUUGUCCAAUCGUAUUACUGAUAGUCCUUGCGUUUUAGCUACAGGACAGUUUGGUUGGAGUGCAAAUAUGGAACGAAUUAUGAAAAGUCAGGCUCUUCGGGAUCCAAGCAUGUCUUCUUAUAUGGCAUCCAAAAAAACAAUGGAGCUUAAUGCUAGUCAUCCUAUUAUCAAGGAGCUGAAACUCAAGGUUGCUGCUGAUAAGAAUGAUAAGACGGUCAAAGAUCUCGUGGUUUUGUUAUUCGAGACAUCUCUUCUUACAUCUGGAUUUUCUCUUGAUGAACCUUCAAACUUUGCUUCUCGUAUUGUCCGAUUAAUUUGUGUUGGAUUAGGCAUUGAUGAUUAUGUCGAGAUUAAGGAUGAAGAGAUGCCUGCUCUUGAAGAUGCUGCUGCUAAUACUACUUGCAACUUGGAAGAAAUUGACUAA